AGCGCGCAUCGUGCCGCCUUUGCCAUGAUACGACCUUGGCGGGUUGCUGCUGCAUCGCCGAGAACAUACCCACAGCAGCCCUACAGCGGGCGGUGCGAAUAUUUGACGGCUUCACGCCCGUGAUUCGCCCUGCUAUAUUAUCCUGCUCUACUGCGCCCUGUUCCCUGUUUUUCGGAGAGUUUUGGAUCAUCACCCCGCUCCCGUUUUCAGCUGCCCCUCCUCACGUCAUCUCACCUCCUUCACCUUCACCUUCAUCAUUCGUAUACUUCGUCGCAUUCUCAGCCAUGGCGGACAUCGCAGAGCGCAUGGGGAGCCUCAACCCCUUCUCCAAAAAGUCCCGCCGUCGCGUGUCGGACGAGGACUUUGGAGAGGACAUUGACAGCGGCACUGUUGCCGGCGGCGGCCACACGACGCGCCAUUUGGUCCUCGAUCUCAGAGUCAGCCAUGCGCUGCGCUCGCUCAUGGUCGAUCGCGGCCUCUUGUCUGAGCAAGAUGCCGUCCUCGAGGAGGAAUCUGCCCUGUCACGGGGCCUUCUCGAGUUCGUGAGCAAGCCUCACAUUCGCGUGCCCCCGGAGCUCACAGACCGAUCGCACCCGCUGCCUGAAUACUUCAUCAGCUCUAGCCACAACACCUACCUGAUGGCGCAUCAGCUCUUCGGCGACUCCAACGCUACGGCCUAUGACACUGCGCUACGCACUGGUGCUCGAUGCGUCGAGAUUGACGCCUGGGACAAUAGCGACAACAAGGCCGAGCCCAAGGUCACCCACGGCUACACCAUGGUUUCCCACAUCCCCUUCCGCGCCGUCUGCGAGACCAUCCGCGAUGCCAUCGACAGAGAGGCCGCCGAGUCCGCCGCCACAGGAUCCUUCCGCGCGGCGCCCGUCAUGUUGUCGCUGGAGAACCACUGCGACGCCGAGGGCCAGCAACGCCUCGUCGACAUCAUGAUUGAGGUAUGGGGCCACCGGCUCCUCAGCAAAGCGGUCCGGGAGCAUGGCCACCGGGAGCAGGCCGGUGAGGGAGAGCAUGUGACCCUGGAGGAGCUGGGCUCCAAGAUUGCCGUGAUUGUCGAACAUCACAUCCAGGGCGAGGUGGAGAGCGACACCGAUUCCAGUGAUUCCAGUGAUUCUGAGGAAGAGGACGAGAAGAAGGCGCGGAAAGAUUACAAAGAGAAAAAGAAAUCUGCAUGUGCCAUCAUCAUUCCGGAGCUGGCUCACUUGGGCGUCUACGCCCAGUCGGUCAAGCCCACAAACGACUCGUGGUACACGGGAGAGCUCAUCAGCGGCCCUCACCACCAUCUCAUCAACGUGUCCGAGUCGGGCUUGGGUGCCCUCCUCCCUGAGCACAACGAGGCCAUUUCGAAGCACAAUGCCCACCACCUGAUGCGAGUGUUCCCCAAGGGAACCCGCAUCUCCUCCAGCAACCUCAAGCCCGCCGCCUACUGGGGCAUUGGCGCGCAGAUCUGCGCACUCAACCUGCAGAACUUUGGCACCAGCAACCAGCUCAACGAAGCCCUCUUCAGCGGCACGGAUGGAUAUGUGCUGAAGCCUGCAGCUCUCCGGGCCGGCGGCAGCGGAAGGCUCAACACAGGCAGGAAGAAGAAGCUGACGCUCCAUGUCGCGGGAGCGACCGACAUUCCCCUCCACGAAGACUCAGAGUCCGAUGGCAUCAAGCCGUAUCUGACAUGCUCCCUCUACCACCCCGACGACCUGAAGAACGAGCCACCCAAGCGCAAGACGUCACCCUACAAGCAGCACAGGCUAGGCUUCCUCCACCGCGGCGAGAACCCGCCGCCCACGGACCCGAUCUGGGACGAGACGCUGGAGUGGGAGUACGAAGAAAACGAGAUGGUGUUCCUGCGGAUGCUCGUCAAGAGCGACGAGAGCUGGAGCAAGAACCCCAUGUUUGCGGUCGCGGCGGUGCGGCUGCACUACGUGGUGCCGGGCUGGAGCUUCAUCCGGAUGCUGGACAUGCGGGGCCACGAGACCAAGUGCUCUAUCCUUGUGCGGUUUGACAUUACGGAUGCUUGAUGAGAUGGUUGGUCAAUGAUGGAUGUGAUGUACCGAUUUGGCUUCGUCUGAUACGGGUUAUGAUAUUUUCCUGUCAUGUUUGUCUUUUGUCUAUAUGUACGGACCAUGUAAGGUCCCACGUCAAUAAAACGGAAUGGCUUGCUGUCCUUCGUCGCUGCCUCAUGAUGUUAUCUCAUGGGAGCCUCAUACAGCGGGAUGCAUAAAGUGUGCAACCGAUCCAAGUCGAUAAUACAAUACGCAAGUCUAUAUUAAGGUACAAUUUAUCGUCAAUAUGAGGGUUAAGCUAAUGGUUAUGGUAAAGCAUUUAUUUUAUGUUUAUAUUAUUAGAAAACCAACACCUUAGUAUAAAGCAC